UCAACUGGGCAUCAUCAAGACACUGCCUUAGAACCUUUCUUCAUUUUCACAGAUUUUAGCACACCAACAGUUCCCGUGGGAUCCAGGUUCAGCUAUAGCUACUCAACAUCUACCACUACGUUCCUUCAAGGAAGAGCCUACCAGAGAAGUGGCAUCACCCUAGAAAGUAAAGUUGUGGUCGAAGUAUUGGCAAAUUGUCAUCGAAUUUUAAAAUUGCAUGGAGUACAGAUCAAAACCAUCUUUGAAUCCGAGGUGAAAUUGAUGAAUGAAAACGACAGUUUAAGGGAAAUUUUGGAGCGAUACCCACUGUGGUUUUGUUUUCACGAUGGGAAAGUUCUGAAGAUCUUUCCCCAGAAGAAUGAGUCAACAUGGGCCCUAAACAUCAAACGGGGUAUCCUGAGCGGUCUCCAGACCUCGUCGUUGGGAGCCGCUGCCAACAACAGUGUGGAAGAGGUGGAUAUUUCAGGGAAAUGCCCCACUCAGUACCAAACGAAAGGUUCGGUCCUUCUGAAGAUGAAAGAUUUCAACUUGUGUUCUCACCGUUUUUCUGGAUUUACUUCUCUGAAAUCUGUGGCUCUUCCCAAUGCAUCGGAGCAGCUUCUGUCUUCCGAACUUGAAUGUGUCCAGAGAUUUGAGGAGAAAGGGAUCCUUGCAGAAAUCAAAUGUAUGGAGUCCCACCUUGUUACAUCUCCUGCGAGGAAGGGCAGUGGAGUAAAGAUGCAAACUCGGACAGACUUGAAGCUCUUCCGAACUGAAGCUCAUGAUAUACCCCAGGGAAAAGUACCCACUAGUGACAGCUAUGAAAGCAGCCUGCUGUAUGAAAAAGAGAAAACGGCACCAUUGUCCAAAGAGGAGGAAAUGAAAGAAGUAGCUAAAGCUCUUCAGAAGCUCUGCGUGAAACCUACCAUGGAUCCCGAGCCUACAGAUCCAUUCCUGAAUUUGGUGUUUGCACUUCGAAAGAUCUCCACUGAUGCCUUGAUGGACCUGUGGCAGAGUCCUUCUUCCAAAUGUCAAGAUAACUGCAUUGCAGCGGGGAUCUUGCAUCCGUCCCUUGCUGAGGUUCACUCGCCCGCAGAGAUGCUCCCAUACUAUACUAUUUCUUUCAGGAGGCCUCUGUUGGAUGCUCUUCCCUUUUGUGCAACUGAACCCUGUGUUCACCUGAUGAAAAAACUGAUUGUUUUGCAAGAAGUAGAAGAAGACCACAUUGGGCGUUUCCUGAGGUCCCUCGCCUUCAUCCCAGAGCCCACUGCAGGCAUGAUUGAUGCUUUAUCUCCUCUGCUGGAGUUACCCAAAGAACAGCAAAUAGCUUUCUUAGGGUUAACAUCUUUGCUGCAUAACUUCUGCUCCACAAGAACCAAUUGUGACCAAGUACCAGCAGUACUGAGGAUUAUGAAAAUGCUGGGAAGACGCUUAGGAAGGAAAUGUGCUGGGUCCAGAUCAGAGGGAACUGCUCAGAUGGAAUUGAUCUUACAUGCGAUUGGAAAUGCAGGGCUGGCGGCAACGUCUUUGACAACACUCUUGAGUUCCUGUGCAGUGCUGAAAACCAACCCUGCUGAAAUCCGGCUGGCAGCCAUUGAAGCUUUCCGGCGCAUCCCCUGUACAGCCAACCGUGCUGUAUUGCUCCGACUGUUUCAAACCUACGAUGAGAAUGUUGAGAUCAGAAUUGCUUCGUAUCUUAUGGCUAUGAAAUGUCCUAGCAAAGAUUUAUUUAAUCACAUUACAUGGACUUUGCAGGAAGAGAGAUCCAGCCAAGUGGGCUCUUUUGUCUGGAGUCAUCUUUCUGAGCUCUUAAGAACAGAAGACCCGCUAAAACAGCAUCUUAGGAACGCUCUUCCUGAAGAUAUCCUUCCCAAGGAAUUUGAUUGGGAAACGUGGAAAUUUUCUUCCUACACAGAUGUUACCUUCCACUCAGCGAUGGCCAGUGGAAAUGCCGAGGCCCAGGUCAUCUUCUCUCCUGCCUCUUUUAUCCCACGUUUGAUCCUGACCAAUUUCACAAUCCAUCUGCUGGGACGGGCUAUCAACCUUUUAGAGGUUGGAGUCAGAUUGGAGAAUAUGGAAGAUAUUGUCAGGACAUUUUUUAACUUUCAAGACACCAAAGGAAGGCAUGUUAAGACAGAAUCUCCCAUGCAGAUGGUGAACAAGAUUCCUCAAAAUAAGCCAUUGUCCAAGCAAUUCAAUUUGAAAAGUCACCUACCUAAAGGAAAUAAAACUGGACUGAGAACAGAAAGGAAUUGUCCACCUGGACAAUACUAUAAGAUUAAUGACUUCGUGAAAAAGUUCACCAAAAAAAUGGGGAAAAAGAAGAAGCCCAAAUGCAAAGUUAGUCUCAAAAUCUUUGGAAAUGAGCUGAUGAUUCUUGACUGUGGCGAUCUCAGAAGCCAAGCCAAGCAUUACUCUUUGAACCUGGCAGAGCUAACAAUGAAAGUUUUGAAGGGUCAAGAAGUCCAGUGGAAGAAAAGAUGGAGCCUAGCAACCGAAGAAGUGUUAUUUCCAACCAUCUCGGGGUUUCCUGUCUGCCUGGGAUUUAAUGCUUCAGGAGCUGUCAAUCUGACGGCCAGAGGAGACACAAACUUCAAGAAACACAACCAUUUUUUCAUCGAUGGCUACCUCAAGCCAAGCGUUGCCCUACAGAUUUCUGCCCAGAUGGGAAUUGUAGGAGUUCUGGGGGACGCUGGCUUGAAGUGGUCAACGGUCUUGAGAUCCUCAGCGAACCUUGACGGUGGAAUCCAGGUGAAAAAAGGGAAGGAAUUUAAAUUUGUUUGGAACACUCCUGAAGACCUUAUGGAAAUUGUUCAUUUCAGCUCUAAGCUCUACAUUACUGCAAGGGAGAAAACGAAAACCAAUGACCGCUUCCUGGGCCAAACUGAACUGUGCACCAGUGAGGAAGCCUCGAGGAUGUUUGGCUGGCAGCUCUGCUCAGAGGUUUUUCUCCCUGAUGACAAGACUGGCCCUUUCCUUCUUCCAUUCCCUGGACCCGUCAAACUUGCCAUUACGCUAAGGAAGCAGGACAGAAACCUACAGCAGUAUUUAAUAAAAGCAGCAUACAAUUACGUGGCUCAGAAAGGUUCUUGGAUCCCAAAUGAAGCCGGGCUCCAUUUCUUUAUGGGGAGUCCAGAAUCGGAGCUGAAGAGAAAUGUGGCUUUUGACUUCCACUGGAACAUCCCUCAGAAAAAAAUCAGAAUUGAAUUCAUCGAGCCGAAGACAAAAAUGCUACUGAAUGGCAAAAUUGAAAUCUCAAAAUACUCUCGCGUUGGGCGUUUGGAACUGAUCGUCAAUGAUAACACUAUUUACUACAUCAAGGGCAGGACCGAUUUGCCAUCCGUGGCAGGAGAGCAGAGAUAUGCAAUCCGUCUGGAGGCCAAAUUGCUAAGACAUGGAAGUCCUGUUGUCCUUACAGGAAACCUCACAAGACUGGCCAGCCAGAAAGUGGCAUUUUCAGUAUCCUUGAUUAACCUGCUGAAGGAUGCUGCGUCCUUUGCAGUGUGUUUCGAGAAAAAGGCAGAUAAUGAGCUAAAGCAUUAUUCCCUGGAAGCAGAAACCCACAUUCCCGGCGUUUUUGGAUCUCACGUCAUUUUUCUUCUGCAAAAAUGGGGACAAGUUUGGUCCAACAUCCUGAGAAUUAAAUAUGGGUUGUUUGGAGAUGCCAAGAAGCUUCAGCAUGAAUGCAACAUGGCCCAGAAGUUAAAACAGGAGAACAGCUGGCCAGAGGUUUACAGAUUGGAUCUAGAGCACAAAUUUCACUGUACUCAGAGUCUAACUUACAAUCACAAGGUCUCUUUGUACCAUGAAGAUACUGCAACCCAGCUGCACUCCCGCUUGGAGGCUAACUACGGGAAACACUGGGAUGAAGUCAACAAUAUGAGGAAGGUGAUCAUCAGCCAGACGUUCAAAAAUCAUUCACAGGCCACUCUGAGGAGCUACUUCAUGGAGUUUGUGAUCCAAGUGCCUGAAAAAAAUCUGGAUUACAGGACCCGGCUGCAGCAUUCCAGUUCUUCCCACCCUUCUCUACAAAGCAGCACCAGUUUCAAGGUGAAUUAUAACAACCGCAUCCUUUUCAUAGCCGAUCUGCAGUGGAAAAAUGUUUCGGGCCGUUUGCUGAAGAAGUGGGAAGGUACAUUCAACAUGGAUACACCCUGGCUGUAUCUGUAUGCCACCCACAAGUUCCACCAAUUCCAGUGUUCGGCUUUCUUCACCGCUGUUGAAUUAACCGCCAGUAAAGCGUUUGUUGUCAAGGGUUUAACCGUGGAGCUCUAUUGUAAAGACGAUGACAUGCAGAAGGAAGGCAGAAUUGAGAUCCGCACAUCGACCACUACCUAUCUGAGAGCAUCCACAAUCAAUCGUGCCAUGAAAGGAUUCCUGCACAGCCAGACUGAAAUAAUGUCAUUGUGGAGCCAACUGAUAAAGUGUGAAGUUCUCCUGGAAAACAAUGAGCACGCCAAAUCUCUUCGUGUUAGACUGACCUCUGCAAAGAAGGAAUUUAAUCUGACGGCAUCUUAUUGCCAUUUGGAAGUGCCUAGGAAAUCAAACAUUUCUACAUCCGUUGUGUGGACGGACCACAAAAACCCACCCCUGGUCCUACGGUUCGGGGCACAGCUAGAAGAAGUGAAGAAAGAAAAUAUGCUUUAUCAGAAACGUGGGACUCUCCUGUUCAGGCAUCCGCUAAGUCUCCCCAUUCCACAAAGCCUUCUUCUCCAGGAAACAUUCACGGUGAACAAGAAGGAGAAGCACUACUCUUUGGAAACCAGACUGGUGAUUGACGAGCGGGAAGUCUCCAUUCUAACGCUCACCUUGGGCUAUCCGGCUAAACAUCCAUAUAUAUGCGCAAGAUUGACUCAUCCGUAUAACCAUGGCAUUUUUCCUCAAAAUACGGAAACAUGCAUCAUGAUGAGAAAUCUCACCCAGUCAGGAAUGGCUAAUCAAGAGCUGGAAGUGAAACUGAAAAUCAGUUACAAAGAAGUACUAAGCUUCCUGGGAAAAUACCAAAAUAAAUCUAGCAUGGGCCAAUCCCGCCAUCUGAUACAGCUGGAUAUCACCCAUUCACUCCAGGUAAUCCAACAGUUCAACACUUGGCUUAAUGGACCAGUCUCUGGAUUUGAACUCUACCCUCAAUUUCUUCAACAGAAUUGGUCACAUUUUCCACAAACUAUUCAGGCCCAGGCCAGCCUAAAUUGUCACGGUCAAAAUGGUCUCAAUGGGUCAUUUGACCUCCACACCGAUACACGGACUCUAAUGUUCCUGGAGGCCAAUUUUGACAACGCGGUGAAAAGAAACACCCGAGCUUUUCGUGUGAGUGCUGCCCUAAAGCAGGACAUUCUAGAUCCGUUUAAAUAUGUGGAGCUGCAGUUCCUGAGUAAGGAGAUGCCAUCAAGGCUGCUGUUGACAUCAUCAGUAAAAUUGAAUCAGCAUUCCUUCCAGGUGGGCAUUUCAGGAUCCAAGGAGCAGAAAGCCCGUGUGGUGAACCUCCAUGGCCAUGUGUGGCACAACCUUGAAAGCGUACGGCUCAUCAUACCUCAAGCUCUUUCCCUGAAUAGCUCCCUGAAGCAUCGAAACAAUAUGAAUGAAGGCCUUGUCGUCGUUGCAGUGAACCAAUCCGUUUUUUCAAUUCAUGCCCGGAGCAAAUGUCUAUGUGGGAAUGAAAGCGUCUAUAGCAUGAUGGUGGCCAUGACCCAGGAUGGUGGUGGUAUCUUCUCAGCUCAGGGGAAACUGAAAGGCUCCCUGGAUUUGAAACGAAGCAUCCAAAGGGAUGAAGCCCGUGUUCUGAAAGGCGUGAGAGCUCCCUGUGUUGACCUGGCAAACAUUUUCCUUCAGAGUGAGGUCGGAUUCACAGCCACCUUCACACACAACAUCAGCAACUUCCAUGCAAUAGGACUUCCCAAGGAAAGUAGCACCAAGGCCAUGUAUGGUCACAACAGUACUUACCAGAGACUAACUGUGGAUCUUCAAGGGGGCAACCAGAAGAUUAGUGUCAUAUUUGGAGUUGAGAAGUUGCAUCCAGAGGCCCUUCAAAGCCAGUUGGCAAAUCAAUCUUUAGAGGCAUCACUAAGAACAUUGCUCCAUGGACCAGAUGUGGCCAACAACUCGGGGCCCAGUGUAAUAAGGGAAAUCUUUUCGAAUAGCAGUUUUGCUCCACUGUGUAACCACACAGCAUGCAACCUGGAAAUCGGCUUCAGUCAUGCUUGGCCUUAUCUUACGUCUCUGGGCCUCGCCCAAGAGAAUAGGGUGAAAAUGGCCAUCACAGGAGGGAACCCGCACAGCGUCCUUCUAGAAAUCACCCUGGGAAAUGGCCAGUGGAUGGGCCAUGGGGCACUGAGUGCUGAGGCUGGAGGGACAGCUGCUGAAUGGAGGGUGAUUUUUCUGAACAAAUCUGACUCUUUGGAGGAUCGCGGCUUCCCAAAUCAUGCACAAUUAAAUGGAUCCCUUCUGAAGGACGAUGGUCAGCUGGAAUUCUUUAACAGCCUCCAACUGGAAGACCAAGGGGCCUCCUUUUCAGUAAGCGCCAAGAGCCAGCCAAAGUUUAUUUUAGAAGUGGAGCUGAGACACGGGCUUUCAUUCUUCAACAGGAUCCCCAAUGAAAAUAAGCUGAUUGUCCAUUGUGGGAAACAAAUCAAGCGUGCCCUCAACUUCGAACUGAAAUCUGGCCUCUGCCAACUUCAAGCCAACUUGGAGAUGGAUGCAGGAAACCGAUCCCGAUGGCAAGCGGUGAUGGAGAACUCUUGCAACAUGAUACAGGAACUUGGAAUCCCAACAAAAAUGAAUGGAUCAGGACACCUUUUAAAGGAUAAGAUCAACCUUGAUUCUCAAGUGGUGCUUGCUGUUGGUGAAAACACCGUCUCUGCUUUCCUCCUUUUAAAAGGCACGGCUACGAGACGAGAAUUCCACGCACUCCUGGACCAACGCAUCAAAGGGGCCAUGAACUCUGGCAUUCCUGCAAGGACAGAAGUGGAUUUAAUUUCAGAAAAAAGCAGUGCCUUUUGUGAAAGGCUGCUUCAGUUCAAGGUGGACAGCCAGCAGGUUUUGGUGUCUUCUUCGCUCAAGCGUGGGAGAGCACAGGUUGCUUAUUCUGCCACUGUCGCACAGCCUUUUAACUUCGCGAUGAAACACGUGGAGGUCAGCUCCCUGACCCAGAGCCACAAAGGAGCGUAUGCACAACAGAUGCAGCUUGCUUGGAACCACGGCCAGCCAGCCUGGAUGAACUUCACUUUUGGAGACAAGUCCAGGGUGAGAAACACGUGCUGGGAUGCUUGUAUCACAACUUCUUCUGGACAGCUUAGAAACAUCCUAACCAUUGCAAGUCUUCGGGCCUGUGGAUCCCUUAAGCAGACCGCAGCUAUGUUGAAUCAGCACCUGGAUCUGACAUGGGACAACAAGACCAUCGUACAACAUCUGACCUACGAGAAAAAUCGAGUGCUGCAUCGGGAUAAAAUGCUGGUGGAAGCUACCUUGAAAAAUAUCUGGAACUCAUGUCCCCAUCAGCAUAUUCUGGGAGAAGUUGAAACGGAUUAUGCAGCCUGGCUGGAUUACAGCAUGAGACUCUGGAUGUGUGACCUCCCAAAUGAAACGGCUCUUUCUGGCAAACUCCAGCUAAACCAGAGGGACACCCUCUUACGAUCCGAAGGGAAAAUCCGCCUUGGAGACAACGAAGGGACGAUUGCGGUGGCUUUACGGAACAACAGCAUGCCAGAAAGGAGGAACUAUUCGGCGGAAUUUUCCCUGAAAGGACCUGAAGCGACUUGGAUAGAUGUGAAGGCCUGUGUGAUCUCUUCAGCUGAUCAAAGCCAAGUCCUUGUCGAGGGAAAGAUGGAUCAUCCAGAUGAGAAAGUGAAAAUAGCAGCCAUCAGAGGAAAAGAGUGUCUUCGGUAUUACAUGGGAUACUUGAAAGGAAAUUCUGAGGACACACUAGAAUUUGCCGCUUGCCUGAAGGGUCAAAAGCAUGCUGCACUCAACGCCCGCCUGGUCGUAAACAGAUAUGAGGAAAUGGGACAUCUCACCAUAGAAGCCUCUAACCAAAGCCUGACUCUGAAGGCCCACGGCUGUUGGGAUCUCGUCAUGAAGACUGAGUCAAAACUGGGUGAGAUUGCAUCUGAUCUCCAGCGCAGACUGGUGGAAAAAAUAAAACAAAUGGAGGAACAUAUUCAGGAUUUCAGAAAAUCGAUCCAGCACAUUGGAUUUCUAUAUGAUGCUGUCGGCUGGUUUUUAGAAGCCUCCCAAGAGAUGGCAAGAGUCCUCCAGGGUGGGACGAGCAACGCUGCCCAGGUGUGGGAGCAGAGUGGAUUUAAGCGACUCCUACGGGAUCACCUCCCCAUGUACCUGGGGAAGCUUCAAAGCAUCCUACAACAAGUCCAGCUGGAGCUGCAAAAGCCACUAACCACCCUAAAAGAUGCUUACUAUGAUGUGACUUUGAAACCUUUGGAUGAAGUUUGGCAACAGAAGACCGAUGCGUAUCUGAAGAAUCUUCAGGCACUGGUGCCCACAGUUGUGAAAGACGUAUGUCUGAUGAAGCCCAUCCAGGUUGCGUUGAGAUUUCUGAAAACUGGCUUUGAUAUGGCAACACAACAGAUGCUAAACUGGGCAGAAGCCAAAUUAUCCCGACUGUCGAGCAGACUCCAAAAAUCUAUAUCGAAUCUGUACAGAUUUUCAUCCAGGAACUGUUCCGUGGCAUUGAGUUGGCCUGCCCUGCCCCAAGGAGAGGCCACGCUAGACCUGAUCAACCUUACAAACCGCAUCAUUGAAGAGAAAGUCAUGAAGCCCCUUCGAGGCCUCUAUCACAUCAAUCCGGCUGCGGAAUAUUACAAAUUCAAGCGAGCCAUCAUGGAGAGCCCUUUCGAACAUCAAGCCUUGUUGAUGGGCACCAAGCACCUAUGGACAUUUGAUGGGAAAAUGUACAGCUUGACCUCCAACUGCAGUUUGCUGCUGGCCAAAGAUUUUUCCCAGAAUGCCUUUACUGUCAUCCUAAACCAGAGCAGUAGUGCGGACAGGUCUCUCUACCUCAACAUGAAGAGAAGAGCUGUCGUCAUUUAUCCCGAACAGAAGAUCUACAAGGAAUACAACACUUCGCUGUUGAAGGACUGCGGAAGUUUUGACGUCCCUCUCCAAGGAAAUGGUACCAUCAUCCAGUUGGACACAAACCAUGUUGAAAUGUCUGCAGCUGAUGGAGCCUUGGUUUUUUGUGACCUGCGUUACGAUUUCUGCACUUUUACCUUGGAUGGAUGGCAUCAUGGUGUGUCUGCUGGUCUUUUUGGUACCAACGAUAAUGAAGCUGGCAACGAAUGGAUGCUUCCUGACCACUCCCUGGCUAAGAGCUUGUCAGAAUUCAUACAAGCAUGGCAGGUGGAGGACGGCCGUUGCAGUGAAGUCAAGAGAGAUGACAAAUCUUGCGUCAAUGUGCAGAGCGCUGAAAUCUGCCAGACGUUUUUCCAAGAUUCCGCUUCACCUUUCGGGAAUUGUUUUGGAGUGGUGAAUCCUGAACCGUUCUAUCACUGGUGCAAAAGUGAUCUGUGUGAACUACAAAGCGUGAAAGCCGCCUGUAACUUAGCUGCAGCCUUCAGGCAUCUCUGCAACCGGAAUUUCGUCCCGAUAGAGAUGCCCCUUCAGUGUGUCAUUGCAAGCUUACAACUGUUUGUGGAGCAACUGUUUGAAGUUACUUUGACCCUGAAAAUAGUGACUUACAAUCACUUCUGA